CUCUCUCUCUCUCUCUCUCUUCCAUCCCAUAUAUGCUUUUCUAGCUGCACCAAGUUCUCAAAAACUACUUCUCUGUUCUCUUCCAGUUGAUCGAGUUUCUUAACAUCACAGCAACAUUCUCAAUAUGCCUGUAAGAAUCUCCGAUGCCUUUCAAUCCCACCCCCAUAAGCACUACCCUGCAGACUUCAACUCACUGCACGAGUUACCAGACUCAUAUGCAUGGACUCAUCAACUCGACGAGUACCCAUCUCUGGACUCGUCAUUCGGCUCAGAGUUGUGUGUUCCGAUCAUCGAUCUAACUCACCAAAAUGUCCUUAAACUCAUAGGACAUGCAUGUAAAACAUGGGGGGUGUUCCAAGUCACAAACCAUGGAAUCCCAGAGAAGCUUCUUCAUGACAUUGAAUCAACUUGUCGAAGCCUCUUCUCUCUGCCAGUCCAGCAGAAGCUCAAAGCCGCUCGACCGGCGGAUGGCAUUUCUGGUUACGGAAUCCAUCGUAUAUCUUCGUUUUUCCAAAAACUCAUGUGGUCGGAGGGCUUUACUAUUGCUGGCUCACCACUUGAACAUUUUCGACAACUUUGGCCCCAAGAUUACAACAAAUUCUGUUGUAUGGUAGAAGAAUAUGAGAAAGAGAUGAAAAGGCUAGCAGGGAAGCUGAUGUGGCUAAUAUUGGGAUCGCUGGGCAUACCAAAGGAAGACGUAAUUUGGGCCGGCCCAAAAGGUGACUUUGAAGAUGCAUCCAAUGCCAUACAAUUAAAUUCUUACCCUGCAUGUCCGGAUCCCAAUCGUGCCAUGGGGUUGGCCGAACAUACGGAUUCAACCCUCCUGUCAAUCAUCCACCAAACCAACAUAAGUGGCUUGCAAAUUCUUCAUGAGGGCGCCGGGUGGCUCACUGUUCCGCCAGUCCCGGGAGCUUUGGUGGUCAACAUUGGCGACCUUACUCAUAUCUUGUCCAACGGGGUGUACCACAAUGUCCUUCACCGGGCAAUUGUGAACCGGAGUCAACAACGUCUAUCCAUUGCUUACCUAUAUGGGCCACCAGCUAGUGUCCAAAUCUCGCCUCAGUCGAAACUAGUCACCCCAAGUCACCCUCCCCUUUAUCGGCCAAUCACUUGGAAGGAGUACCUUGCAAUCAAAGGAAAACUUUACAACAAGGCACUUUCAUCAAUUCAGCUUUAUGAUCCUCUAAAUGACCAAAUGGAUUAGUCAAUGUAAAUGGUCAUAAGAGCAUAAAUAAAUCCCUAAUUUGGCACU